AUGGCUACAGCUGACACCCCCCCGGCGGCGGUGGUUAUCGUUGGAGGUGGGCCAGUGGGCCUGCUCCUAGCUCUCAUGCUUGCUCAGAAGGGCAUACGAUCUGCUGUCCUGGAGAAGGACGAAGCACUGAACCAGUCCCCCAGGGCGGUUGCUUUCUCUGGCCCAGUCCAUCAUGUCUUUCAAGAGGUCGGGAUAUACGACACCAUACUGCAAGACGCUGCGCAGACGCCGGGAUUCUGCUGGCGCAAGGUUGCCGAGGACGACGGUCGGGGGGGUAAAAGGCUGGGCGAGAAAGUGGCUGAGUGGCGUCCCGGAGAGCCAAACGAAGCCGGAGUUUACAAUCCUGGAGACUACGUCCUCCAGUAUCCCCAGGACAAAAUCGGCCAAAUGCUUCUGGAUCGAUGUUUGGAGACGAGCCUAGUGACGUUCCACUUCGGAACAGAGCUAUAUGCCAUCGAUGAGAGCAAGGGCGGGGUUUCGGCCCGUGCGAAGUCAAAGAAAGGUAACUUGGAGGUUAGGGGACAGUAUCUCGUCGGAUGUGAUGGAGGUCGGUCGGUGGUUCGCCGGUUGAUGGGUGUCAAGAUGUUCGGACACUCCUGGUCGGAACGAUUCAUGACAACCGACAUUGUGCGCACACCUCCCGUGGUCGAGGAGGUAAACAUCGAUUACAUCGUCAACCCGGACUACUGGGCCAUAACAACCCCGCUUGAGCGUGCCACGCCGGGAAAGCGCACACUAUGGCGCUACAGCAUGACAAUCACGAACGACGACAUUCCUGACGACGAGGCCAUCAAGCCGGGCUUUGUCAACGAGAUGCUCUUGAAGCACCUGGAUGGGCCCCGCCCUGCAGAUUUCGAGGUUCUGAGAGUGAACCUUUACCGAAUGCACCAACUUCUUGCUAGCACCAUGUUCCGCAACAGGCUCCUACUUGCCGGCGACGCGGCUCAUCUCACCAACCCGAUUGGCGGCCUGGGCCUCUGCACUGGGAUGUUGGACGCGGAUGCGCUUGCACAAGCCUUCGACCUUGCGCUGAACCGCUACGCCUGCGAGCCAAAGGUUCAAGAGGAAUGCUUCAGGGCUUACUCCGCUGCGCGACGUCGAGUCUUCCAGACUGUCGUUCAUCCCAUGAGUUCCGCGUGCAAGACACGUCUUCAGUGUGGAAACCCUGACGAGAUCGCGGAGGAGGACUGGUACAUGCGCACCUUUCGCAGAGGGAACAAAAGUGAAAUUGACAAAAUGCACGACGGCCUUAUUAAUCACUGGAGAACUAACUUGGCGGUAGAGUUGAUGAAUAUUAAGGAACCAGCCUGUAAUACAGUUCUAUCUUAG